CCUUCUUCUCUACCCUCGCCAACCACCUAUGCUGCACUCUAUGAAGAAAACCUUGUCCUCAACAUUGAAGGAGAAAACUAUAGUCAGAGGGUAUCCACUGACUCUGUGGUUGGAUCCUAUCAGUACCUGAGGCUGGAUUUCGAUGGUCAUUUGAGGACUUACCAGUGGCAGAAAAACGAUGUUUUCCGUGAGGUUUAUGAUUUUGUAGUUCAACGUUGGGAUGAUUGCCAGUAUCCUCACGACUGUGGUGAUUAUGAAGUUUGCAGUGGAGGAGGCAAUUGCAGUUGUCUGAAGGCGGUAGAUGGGUUGGACUACUUCAAGCGAAACAGAGGACCAUUGCCAAACCAGGGAUGCUCUGAAAUCACUCCUUUAUCUUGCCAGAGUCCAUUAGAUCAUCACGAUCUUGUGGAUUUUGGAAACCUUUCGUACUUCAACUUCAUUGAUUCAGUUGCUGCCGUUCCGAAAUUGAAAGAUCUAGAAGGAUGCAAACAGGCAUGUUUGAAAAACUGCACUUGCAAAGCUGCUUUCUUCAAGUAUGGCAGCAACACUUCUGAUGGAGAUUGCUAUUUGCCAUCCAAGAUCUUGUCGAUGCGAGCAAACCCAAUACCAGGUCCCUACAAUUACAAUUCAUCUGCAUUCAUCAAGAUUCAACGCCAUUACUUAGCACCGACUCCUCAGCCGGUAAACAGUCCUGUGACAGAGAUUUCUCUAAUUGUCAAGUCCAGAAGCAAGGUGCCUUUAGCUGCAAUAAUAUCAGGCUCAGUAGCAUUGCUAGUUGUUUUUAUUCUAUCUGCUAUCUGUAUUGUGAUUUCAAGGAAGAAAAAGAAGAAGAAAGAGAGGGAGGAUGAUGAGGAAUAUUUCAAACAAGUACUGGGAAUGCCCCGGAAAUUUUCUUAUGAAGACCUGCGCAUUGCAACGGACGAUUUCAGGGUAAAGCUUGGAGAAGGAGGAUUUGGAUCUGUGUUUAAAGGGAUUCUGGAAGAUGACACCAAAAUUGCGGUGAAACAAUUGGAAAAAAUAGGGCAAGGAAUGAAGGAGUUCUUGGCGGAGGUUGAAACAAUAGGCAACAUUCACCAUUUCAAUCUCGUGCAGUUGAUCGGCUUUUGUGCUGAGAGAUCUCACCGACUUCUAGUUUACGAAUACAUGAGCAAUGGGUCCUUGGAUCACUGGAUAUUCAGUGAAAAUAAGAAUCAAGUUCUAAAUUGGCAGACCCGAAAGAAGAUUAUACUCGAUAUAGCAAAAGGGUUGGCUUAUCUUCAUGAAGAAUGUCGGCAACGAAUCGUUCAUUUGGAUAUCAAGCCUCAGAACAUUCUCUUGGACGACAGUUUCAGUGCCAAAGUAUCAGAUUUUGGUUUGUCGAAGCUGAUGGAUAGAGACCAGAGCCAAGUACAGACGACAAUGAGAGGAACUCCAGGGUAUCUUGCUCCGGAAUGGCGACAACUUAGAAUUACGUUGAAAGUAGACAUCUAUAGUUUUGGGAUUGUUGUUCUUGAAAUUGUUUGUGGAAGGAAGAACUUGGAUCGCUCUCGUUCAGAACCGAGCAAGCAUCUGCUAAGGUUGUUGCAAGAGAAGGCUGAGGAGAACCGUCUGAUUGACAUCAUUGAUGUGUCGAGUGCUGAUAUGCAAUUGCAUAGAGAAGAAGCCAUGAAGAUGAUUAAGCUGGCAGCAUGGUGCUUGCAGGAUGAUCAUACAAGAAGGCCUCUGAUGUCUAUGGUGAUGAAGGUAUUAGAGGGAGCAAUGGAAGUAGAGCCAGAGAUCAGUUACAGAUUUUCCAAUGCCAUGGCACAUAAUUCUACUACAAGCGCUGAUUUUCACAUCUUGUCGGAUCCACCGCAGGCAUCAGUGCUCUCAGCGCCUAGAUGAUGGAAGCAUAUGGUUGCAUAAGGUGCGAAGAUUGGCAAGUCCAGGUACAUGUUUGAUUCCCUUCUGUUGGUGUUUGUUAUAAAUCAAAAGUUACAAGUAUUUGGUCUUUCUAACUACUACUGUAUGUUUGGAAUUAUGUCUUGCAAUUACUUUCAAGCUGCUUCUGGAUUUUGUUUGUAAACCAGACUUGUCAAUUUGGUUAAUGAAUUCUUACA